AUGCCGAGGGAAAUAAAAAUUGGUCUAUUGCUGCCUCAAAGAGCCUGGUGCCAGGCAGCCCAGAAGUUCACAGGAGGAAUCGGAACCAAACUCUGUGCUUUGCUCUAUGGGGAUGCGGAAAAGCCCAUGGAAACCGGUGCAAAGGAGGACCCGGGCUCGGAGGAGAAGAGGCCGGCCUGCACCUGCAACACCAAGCCCUGCAGCUGCCCCAAAGCGGAUGUUAAUUAUGCAUUUUUACACUCAACAGAUCUCCUGCCCGCCUGCCACGGGGAGGUGGCGACGAUGUCUUUCCUACAAGACGUCGUGGACAUUUUGCUUCAGUACGUGGCGAAAAGUUUUGACCGAUCAACCAAAGUGAUUGAUUUCCAUUACCCAAACGAGCUGCUCCAGGAAUACAACUGGGAGCUGGCGGAUCAACCGCAGACCUUGGAAGAAAUUUUGUUGAACUGCAGAACGACGCUGAAAUAUGCCAUUAAAACAGGGCAUCCUAGAUAUUUCAAUCAACUGUCAACUGGAUUGGACAUGGUUGGAUUAGCUGCAGACUGGCUAACGUCAGCUGCAAAUACUAACAUGUUCACCUAUGAAAUUGCUCCAGUGUUUGUACUUUUGGAAUAUGUCACGCUCAGGAAAAUGAGAGAAAUGAUUGGCUGGCCAGGGGGCUGUGGCGAUGGGAUAUUUUCACCUGGUGGUGCCAUAUCUAACAUGUAUGCUAUGUUGAUUGCACGUUUCAAGAUGUUCCCAGAAGUUAAAGAGAAAGGAAUGGCAGCUAUUCCCAGACUGGUUGCCUUCACAUCAGAACAUAGUCACUUUUCUGUGAAAAAAGGAGCCGCAGCUUUGGGAAUUGGUACAGAUAGUGUCGUUCUGAUUAGAUGUGAUGAAAGGGGGAAAAUGAUCCCAUCAGACCUUGAAAGAAGAAUUCUUGAAGCUAAACAAAAAGGAUUUGUUCCUUUCUUAGUGAGUGCCACAGCAGGAACAACAGUGUAUGGUGCAUUUGAUCCACUCAUUGCUAUUGCAGAUAUCUGCAAGAAAUACAAAAUCUGGAUGCACGUGGAUGCAGCAUGGGGUGGUGGACUACUGAUGUCCAGGAAACAUAAAUGGAAAUUAAACGGUGUUGAAAGGGCCAAUUCUGUGACAUGGAAUCCACACAAGAUGAUGGGCGUCCCGUUGCAGUGUUCCGCCCUGUUAGUUAGAGAAGAGGGAUUGAUGCAGAGCUGCAAUCAAAUGCAUGCUUCCUACCUCUUUCAACAAGAUAAACACUAUGAUUUGUCCUAUGACACUGGAGACAAGGCUUUACAGUGUGGACGUCAUGUUGAUGUCUUCAAGCUAUGGCUGAUGUGGAGAGCAAAGGGAACUAUAGGAUUUGAAGCACAGGUUGACAAGUGCUUGGAACUUGCAGAAUAUCUAUAUAAUAAAAUAAAGAACAGAGAAGGUUAUGAAAUGGUGUUUGAUGGAAAGCCCCAGCACACAAAUGUCUGCUUCUGGUACAUACCUCCCACUCUACGAGACAUGGAAGACAAUGAAGAAAGAAUGAACCGUCUUAUGAAGGUAGCUCCACUGAUAAAAGCCAGAAUGAUGGAAUAUGGAACUACAAUGGUGAGCUAUCAGCCACUGGGAGACAAAGUGAACUUCUUUCGGAUGGUGAUCUCAAACCCAGCAGCAAGUCAUCAAGACAUUGAUUUCCUGAUUGAGGAAAUAGAACGUCUGGGACAAGAUUUAUAA